UUCAUUCAUCUCCUUCUUUGAGUGGAUUUGCUUCCAUUUCAUACAUCCUCCCUCCUUGCCUGCUCUUCUGAUGCUGGCAGGAUGGAAAAGAGAGGAAGGGCUUCCUGGUGAUUCCUUCCCUCCCCUUGUGUUUUAUUGCUUUUACUGCUGUGUUGGCUUCACUGUUAGGCAGUUUUGCUCCUAUAGAAGUGGCAGAUGGAGACUGCAACAAACCUGUGUAAUGAGUUCUUAAUUGAUGAACUGGAACUGAAUAACCUGACAGUCCCACACUGACUUGUGUCUUUUGGAAAUGGAGCCUAAAGUUGGCAACCUUACAUUUAGCUUUCAAAGAAGCUCAGCAUCAGACGAUGACUCUGGAUGUGCUUUAGAAGAAUAUGCAUGGGUCCCUCCAGGUCUUAGACCGGAACAGGUACAGCUGUACUUUGCUUGUCUGUCAGAGGAGAAGAUUCCUUAUGUUAACAGUCCAGGAGAGAAACACCGAAUUAAACAGCUUCUUUAUCAGCUACCACCCCAUGAUAAUGAGGUGAGAUAUUGCCAAUCUUUAAGUGAGGAAGAGAAGAAGGAGCUUCAGAUAUUUAGUUCACAAAGAAAGAAGGAAGCACUGGGACGAGGCACAGUCAAAUUACUUCCUAGAUCAGUAACACAUGCUCUUUGUGAACAGUGUGGUACAAAGAUAAGUGGAGGUGAAGUUGCAGUAUUUGCUUCAAGAGCUGGGCCUGGGAUUUGCUGGCAUCCAUCCUGUUUUGUGUGCUUUACAUGCAACGAACUUCUUGUUGACUUAAUCUAUUUCUACCAAGAUGGGAAAAUCCAUUGUGGUAGACACCAUGCUGAGCUACUCAAGCCACGCUGUUCUGCAUGUGAUGAGAUUAUUUUUGCUGAUGAGUGCACCGAAGCAGAAGGUCGCCAUUGGCACAUGAAACAUUUCUGUUGCCUUGAGUGCGAAACCAUACUUGGAGGGCAAAGAUACAUAAUGAAGGAUGGACGGCCAUUCUGCUGUGGAUGCUUUGAGUCCCUUUAUGCGGAAUAUUGUGAGACUUGUGGGGAACACAUAGGAGUUGAUCAUGCUCAGAUGACUUAUGAUGGACAGCACUGGCAUGCAACAGAAACUUGCUUUUCUUGCGCUCACUGCAAAGUUUCCCUACUCGGCUGCCCUUUCCUUCCCAAGCAAGGGCAGAUUUAUUGUUCCAAAUCCUGCAGUCUUGGAGAGGAUGUUCAUGCUUCAGACUCUUCUGACUCUGCCUUCCAGUCUGCUCGCUCAAGAGAUUCCAGAAGAAGCGUUCGCAUGGAGAAAAGCAGCCGGUCAGCUGAUCAGUGCCGGCAGUCUCUCCUCUUAUCCCCAGCACUGAACUACAAAUUCCCUGGUCUUUCCAGUACUGCUGAUGAUACACUUUCUCGGAAACUGGAUGAUUUAAGUUUGUCAAGGCAAGGAGGAAGUUUUGUUGAUGAAGAUGUCUGGAAAGGAAGGGGAGAGGAAAUGCCUGAUGAUCCAGAGGAGUGGGCUGAACAUGAAGACUACAUGACUCAGCUGCUUCUAAAAUUUGGUGAUAAAGGCCUCUUUCAGCAGCCUGUGGAAGUAGAUAUUAGAUCAAAUGAGCAGUGGAUCUGUGAAAGCAUGGUUAAGGGAAGAUCAGAAUUGGAAAAAAACAGUCAAAGCCUAGCAAGUAAAAAAUACCAGUCAGAUAUGUACUGGGCACAAUCCCAAGAUGGACUGGGGGAUUCUGCAUAUGGGAGCCACCCAGGACCUGGAAGCAGCAGGAAAAUCCAAGAGUUGGACAUGGAACAUGGUGCAACUAGGUACAAACAUGACCAAAAGCAAUGGUAUGAUGACUCACUAGAGUGUUUGUCAAACCUGAAACAACAAGAGCAAUGUGCUCGGGAUUCAAUGGAUUCCCUUGCUUUAUCUAAUAUCACAGGUGCUUCUGUUGAUGCAGAAGUCAAGCCAAGACCUUCUUUGUAUUCAUUACAAACUUAUCAGGAACUGGAGGCAGAGGACUGUGAGAAGAUGAGCAACAUGGGAACUCUGAAUUCCUCAAUGCUUCAUAGGAGCACAGAGUCCCUAAAAAGUUUGGGCUCUGAAUUAUGUCAAGGUGAGACAUUACCAGAAGAAAAAACGAUGCAUGUUCCAGUAUUAAGAAGAUCCAAAUCACAGAGUAGGCCUCAGCAGGUUAAGUUUUCAGAUGAUGUCAUUGAUAAUGGAAAUUAUGAGAAUCUUGACAUACGUCAGCCUCCCAUGAGUGAAAGGACUCGCAGACGUGUUUAUCAAUUUGAAGACCAUGGAAAGAGGCACCAUCAUCGUCACAGGAGGAGUAGAAAGUCUCGUUCUGAUAAUGCACUUCAUUUGGUUGCAGAAAGAAAACCCUCCCAAAAGGAAAGAUUUAAUUUUUAUUCUCCCCAGGAUUAUGGCAAGUUUAUACAAAAUAAAAGUCCUCAUGCAAUUCGGGCAUACACCCCAAACUCAUACAGUCAAUAUACUCAUAUUGCCUCUAAUUAUGCAAUGGAGAAUCAAAGAGAUCAGUUUUUUGGAUUCUUUGGUGAGGAGGAAGACUCUUGGUGUUCAUCUUCAUCAUCAUCUGAUUCUGAAGAGGAAGGAUACUUCUUAGGCCAGCCAAUUCCACAGCCCAGAUCAGUGAGAUACCCCUACUAUACAGAUGUGCUUUCUAGUCCCACUGCUGAGCUCCCCAGUUCUCAGUUUGGACAGAGAACAAAAUCAAAAAAGAGAAAAGCACACAAAGGCAAAAACUGUAUAAUUUCUUAAGUUUUUAGAAGUAAUGGUGGACUCUGUGCCUACACUGUUUUUCAAAUCUUAAGUAGAUAAAUGGUUUAAAUAAAGCCUAUAGCAUGGACAGUUGAUCCAUGUUCUUACCAAGCCCCUGGAGUUAAUCAGCAGAAUUAAGAGGGUCAUAAGAAGUUUGAUUCUAUACAGCUGUAGCAUUUAAAAGGCCCUUCUGGCAAUUAAAGAUAAAUUGAAUAAAAUGAGAAAGAAAUGUGCACUACGAAACAAAAAAGAACAUUUUUCGUUAAGACCUCUUUUCCUACUUCAGUUGCCUAGUUAAACUCAUAUUCAUUUAGCACAGAUGUGGGUAAUGUGUUGACCUCAGAAUAUGGGCUGUACAACAGAAUACAGCACAGCAAUGCUGGACUGCACCUCCCAUAAACUUUUAACCAUUUACUAUGCUGUCUUGGACUGAUGGGAGCUGCAGUUCAGCAACUUCUGGAGGACAACAUACUACUUAGCCCUGGGUUAAUGCUACAUGUAUGAGCUGAAAGGAGACCAAAUGAUGUCUUAGUCUGGUGCACACCUCCCCCUUUCUUUUUCUUUUUUCUUGGUGUGGUUAGCAGGACCACAGUGACACUUGAUUUCAUUUUCAUUGACUCUCAAAGUGUCAUAUGCAAAUCAGGAGUAAUAUUUAACAAAACUGAAGCUUGUUAAAAACAAGCAAACGUCAAACUGACCAGAGUUUAUUGGGUGCAAACAGAGAGCCAUGAUUUAAAACUAACUGCUCACUAUCAAAACAACUUAUAUUUAAAGCUGAAUUUUAACUGUGAUCAGUAAACAGGUUUGUCUAAAUCACCUACUUAGCUAAGAAUGCGGAACUGGUAAUGUCUCUUGCCCCAGUCCUCCAAGCCUAGCAGCAGCAUUGCAUGAUGGAAGUCUGCUCAGCUGCUAACAACACAGAGAAGAAUGUUUCCAGUCUCCUCUCACCUGUGAGUAAGGCUGCAGUGAAGAAUUGCAGUAUGAAUCCUGCUUCUGAUUGUCACAUCCUCACUCACUGGCAGGAAGGGGCUGGAAACCUCCUCCUCCCAAGCCCUGAUUACCAUCUGAACAGAUUUCCAUGUCUCAAUACGGCUGCUGUCUGGUAAGGUAGGCUGGGAGGUAUUUACAACUGUGGCAAUAAUGGCACUCAAUAUAAAGCAUAUUCAAAGGCAUCAGUUACAGAUCUGUUACCACAAUACUGGAUGCUAACCAUUAUUGCCACACAAAACCUUAAACCAAACUUUGAAACUAAAAUCUACUGCAAUCCCCUUCUCAAGAUCUCAUUUUGGGAGACAUGUGGGAUAUAAAUCCAAUAAAUAAAAUAAAGACUAGGACACCUUUCUGUGUGUGGAUAUAGUACUAAUGCAGGUGUGGACAACCUGUGACAUUCUGUGCUUGCCAGACUUAAAAAAUAUUCAGAGGGAUGCUGGUUAGUCCUCCACCAAAUUUGGUUUAGUAUUAUGAACAAACAUAGCCAGUAUCUCAUUUAUACUAUGAAUCCCUGUUUAUCCUAUUAUCUGUACUAAUAUAGCCAAACAACUUUGAUGAUGAACAAGAUGCUCUCAUUCUGCAGAAAAUAACUAAAGUGUUUAAAAGCCUAUCAAACUGACUGUCCUGUUUAAUUUUUAUCUGAGUGGACUUCACUCAGGUUUACUGCUCUUAAGCAACUAUUCACUGUGUUGUAAGCCAAAGCCCCCAUUUAUGAAGCUAAUUGUAUUGUUAGCAAGUAUGCUUACUGUUGUAAAAUUCUGACUGUCCGAAACAUUAUCCCAACUCUCAAAUGUAGUAUAUGAACAGCAGUUAGAAACAACUGAUAUUUAUAAUGUAGUUUUUCAUAGCUGAAACUAUGUUCAUAACACUGCAAAUAAUGUACAUAUUGUAAAGUUAAAAUUUAAGACUAUUUUUAUAUCCCUGAAUUGCAAGACAUGUUUAAAAUACAAAGAGUAGUUUUAUUCGAAGGUUUAACAUCAGACUGAGUCAGACAGGGGUUUGUUAAAUGUUCAUACAUUUAUAGUAGUGACAUGUUUAAUUUCUGACAGUAAAGCUCUGUUCGCAUGGUGGAGCUAUGUAAAUACUGUUUAAGCUAUGGUUCUUAAUAUUAAAGGAAUUAUUUAUGGGUCAAGAAAAUAAAUUGUGUAGGUAGUGCACGCACACAUCCUGGUACAUACAAAUCUACUAAAACACAGUUUGGAAUUACAUGCAACAGAGUACUGAAUAGUCAUUAUCUAGUUUGAAAAAAAAAGUCCUUUGUGAGGAGUUGGCACCAACAGCAUAAUAUGGAAAGUUAUAUAAGUAGCAGAAACCUAAAGAUGAUUGAACCACCAUGGAACUUUGCUUCUGCCUCAGCUUAAGAAUGAAGCUGACAUUAUGCACAGGGAAAUACGACCCCAGGUUGUAAAAAGAAAACUGGUCUGUGGGGUAAUUGAAAAAAGAAGGAUGCUGCUUUCAAGUCUCCUUUCUAUAGCAGGCCAAAUGCGGCUGCACCGUUCAUUCUGUAAAAGCAUUACAAUAGGGCCUGAUCUGUUUCCAGUCCCUUGUCUAGAACAAAACUUAAGUUGAUCAGUUUUGUUUAGCCUAGCCAGCAGAACCCCAAGAUCUCUCCAGAUUACGUAGCACCAGUGCCAAAUUCAUCAGGAAUGUAAAGUUAAGAUCAUGUUCCUCCUGCUUAUACAACCCAUUUUAUCAUUUCUCAAGUUAUCUAUUUGGGAUAAAUCUUUUCAGAGCUCCUCGUAGUCUUAAUGAUAUUCCUUAUCCUGCCUGACCCCAAUAUCUUCCAGGGGUACAUUACCAGACUUACUUUGGAAAUGUUAAGCCGUGAAUAAGGCUGAACCCUACUGAAACGAAUGACUUCUAGUGGAAGUUGUCCAUAGAGUUAUGUUGGAGGACCUAGAGGUUCCUAGUGAGAACACCCCUCUAGCCACUUCUAGGUCCUCAGAGCAACUAUAUGACUUUUAGGACAUUUAGAGAACAUUUAGGUUGGGUGGGUAAGUGAAAUCACAGGUACCAGUCCACUGUCAUUUAAUGUGAUUCCCAAAUGUGAGUGACAAGGACAUAUCUUACAAGCAUGGCAGUUUUUCCAGGAACAAGUCUCAUGGUUGUUUUGCACGAGAUGCAUAUGCUUAGAACACUGAAACUAGAGCGCUUAAAGUGCCACAUCAUAAUUUUGCAAUGAAAAUUUAGAAUAGGUCAGUAUCAUUAUAUUACCAAUGGACACAAUAUCAUUUGUACAAUGUCAAAUAUACCACUUGUACCUGCUUAAAAUACUGUAGUUGUC